ACCUUCUUCCUUACAUCUGUCUAUGACAGAGAGGGGAAAAACUGGGUCAAGGAAGACAAGAAGGUGUCUCUUGACCGUCGGCUAUUCCAAGGAUACGGGGUCAAGGCUUUGUCGAUGAAAGCGUUUGACGUGCACGGGAACGGAACGGUGUUCCAAAUGCUGGAUCCGGAAAAGUUUCUUUCCAAAACCAAUGGCUACCUCGUGAUUGGGUCCCUGCCUGUCGUCGACGGCGCUUUCAUGCUCAGCAGACCUUUGGUCCAAUUCAACAGCCCGACGGACCAACUCGCAGCUUUCGUUAUGCGAUACAGGGAAGAGUUUGCGAGGCUGCCUGCUGCCCAGCAACCCAAACGGCGCCAGGAUCAGCCGGCCAGAGCGGGUGGAAAGAGGAAGCAAUUGUCGACUGCCCUGUCUUCGUCACCUGAGGUUGUCCAGGCUCUGCCCGCUCCGGUUCCGUCCUCGGAUCGGCAAGGUCGCGAUGCGGCCGAGCAGUCCAGUGAGGCCACAGACUACGACGACGGAGCUGUGCGCUAUCGGGCUGGUCCCCGGCAUCGUUCCCGGAGAGGUGCAGGUGCCUUCGAUGACGAGGAAUGCAAGGGUCAAGAUAGGGAGGGCGGUGGUUGGGAUGGGGAGGGCGGUGGUUGGGAUGGGGAGGGCGGUGUUGAGGAGGGGGAGGGCGGUGGUGAGGAGGAGGAGGGCGGUGGAGAGGGGGACGACGGUGACGAAGGAGAUGCUGAAGGUGAGGACGAUGGCAUGGACGAGGAGAAAGACGAUAUUGGUGAGGAAGUCGAAGACAAUCGCUCCUCCCAAUUUCACCGUAGCCACCAGAACAAAUCGCAGGGGCGCUGUGGGGAUGACGUCUGCCGCGUCGGUAACGCGGUCUAUGCUGGUGGCCAGACUGCAGCCUCCUGCGGAAUGUCGCAAUCCUAUGACCAGACGAAGGAUGGGAGAGACGAACCUAGCUCACGGGGAAGGCGAAAUAGGGGAGAGGCGUCGAUCUCUCCUGCGAGUCGAACAAAACAGGCGAGGGCCGACGUCGUCAAUGAAGCUCGCGAAGCGUUGACGGCAUCACAGGAAGCGCGGGCUCCUCGGAAAAUUGGUGGGGGGGGGCGAAGUGGCAGCCGUGGGGGUGGUCGCGGCGGCAGUAGGAAAGGCUCGCAGAGGUCAAGGGCACCUGAGCUGCGGGACUCGGGGGAUGAGGGCGAGGGGGUGGGGUCUCGCAUGCCCGAAGACAUUGAAGAGCUGGUUCAGCACGCCGCGCCCGUGGACACGACACGAUGUUUCUUCCUCGAAUACGCCGAACAGGGCUUCGCCAGGCAAGACGUCCAAGUUGUUAACGCCGACGUUAAUAGGAUCAAACCCAUUCCCCGUGGGAAGAUCCUUUUUAACUACCGUUCGUUGUCUAAGAACAUUGUGAGAGGCAUCGAGAGUGCCAUAGAAAGCUCCAUCAGUGCUGACCCGGGGGUGUGGGAUAGACCUGAGCUCGUUCUUGCGCCGGUUGACCCAACUGUCAUCGUCGGCGGGCAGGGCAGGCGAAUCACGCCGGACGAGUUCUUCCAAAGAGAUUCUGCAGAGUUCGACUGGUACGCUGUCUGCGGUCAGCAUACUGCCGAGGCCAUGAAACCGUUGGUUGCAAAGGACUCCCCCGCGGUCAAAGUCUACGGCCUUCGCACGUACUCUAAAGUGCGAGUCAUUUUUUUCGAUGAUGACCACACACGCGGGUACUUCAAUGUGUCCCUCUUCGACAACACACGGGAGAAUCGCGCCAUGAUGUUAUCCUUCCAGGACGCUGUGCGUGAUAUGCGGCAAUGGUCGAUCGACAACAAUAGGAUCGAGGCACACAAAGCUAAGGUCAACGAGAAGGAUGUCGUCGCCGUUGCGCAUCAGAAAACGUGGCAGAACUUCCUGAGGGUCUGCAUGGGGAAGGCAUGCGACAAGGCGUUCGUGAAACAGGCACUCGACAAUGAGUACAGCAAGGAUUGGAGUAACAAACUUCGCGGGGUACCUGAACCUCGCCACGUCCACCCGCACGGUUUGGCCGCAAGUGGAGAAGUUCUUCGCGAUGUUCGAGGAGGAGAUGGUCCCAAGGGCUCCACCAUGUCCUGGAAGGAUUUGUGUCCUACGUACUUCAAGAACUUCGGGGACAUGACAUGCCGCGAGAGAGAAGUCGUGUUACUCCUGCUCAUGUCGGGGAAAGUGGUGGCAACAAAAGUGAGAGUCACGCCUCCGAGGGUGAACACAGAAUGCCUCCUCUACAUUAUGCACAAGGAGAGAUAUAUGGUCCGCAUGUUUAACUACGUCGUGUUUCGCGUCGAGGGAAGGGCAGGGGACGAAUGGAACGACGACUUCUUCAUGUCGUACAAGGACCUGGAAGAGAGGUAUGCUUCAAACGGGUUAUGCGCAGAUGAAUGGGAGAAGCAACGGGAGAAGCUGCAUAGCAACUUAGUGAAGACGAUCCCUCGACGACUUGGAGGAGUGGAGGAGGCAAGGCAAGGUGCGGGCUUGGGGCCUACAGAAGUGAUGUACAAGGAGGCUCCAUUUCACUUCAAGGUCUUUAUAUACACCAUGAUCGAUAAGCUCGAUAUGCUUCGAGCGGAGGUGAAACGGAUCGCCUCCAGUGCAAGCCAUCUUGUGUGGGACAAACUCGGCAGGCAGACCACAUUGCUUCCUGUAUGCACGCGGUCAAAGGAGGUUAUGGCGGCGCCCGUCGACAUCGUCGCAGCCGCACAAAAAAUAGCAUGUAGGGCCGCCAUCGUGGACAUCUCCACCGCGAAUUUCAGCAGUGCAUGGACCUCGCAGGACUUCGAUGCACUGUACGCAAUGAUGGCGAAGUGUUGUGGUCCAAAUUGGGUCCUCUUCUUCUUUGCACCGCAGAAUGUGCAAAGCGAUGUCUUGCGUCAMUUGUACWGUUGGGAGGACAUCGAGCUCAUCCCCRSGUCAUGGAAACGCGUGGACAGGCCGCCGAGCGACGUCACAAGGUACGGCAACAUCGCUACGAGCAGUCGGGACCUGAUGGCGAUCGUGCUGCACGCUGAAGGAGGGGAUCUGAAAAAAGUAACUGUCUGUUGCAUACUCCAAUGAGUAUGGGCAGAACCGAGGAUCAACCAAUGUAGGGUGAGCAUAUAUGCAACGGAAGUC